AUGCUACGUAAAGCCACAUGCAAACGUAGCAAACUCAUGCUUGAUCUCAAUCUCAUCAUGCAACGUAGCAAGCUCGCCGGAAAAGCCAUCACUCACCUUCUCACCUUCAACCACAACCACCACCACCACCACCACCACCACCGUUCUUUGCCAUGCUUCUACAUGGACCCUAUGAUGUCCUACUACAACCCUAAUCCACGUGAGGUUGAGUUCAGUUGCAGCAACACACCAUCCAACUCCAAGUCCAACAAACAUGGCAAGCACCACCACCACCACCACAACCACCACCAACUUUAUGAUGCUGAAGCCAUUGCUAAAGUGUUUGAGAUAUUGAAUGAUGUGGAAGAUGAUCAUGGUGAUCAGUCUCUGAUUUCUUCACCAUCUCCGUUGAUGAUGUUGGGUCAGGUUAGACAGCUAAGGAUAACUGACUCACCAUUUCCGGUCAAGGAGGAGGAGAGUGAUGGAUUUAGGGUUGAUUUGGAGGCUGAGGAGUUUAUUAGAAGGUUUUAUGAACAACUCCGGCUUCAACCUGCCUCCACGCCGGAGUACUUUUCUUCUCACCGGCGGUCACCGUUGCUUGCCCGGGCUUGA